CUAGCGCUCUCUCUUCUGUUCUAGCAGUUCCCGGGCCCAGCCUGUGCAAAAGAGGGAGCUGAGAGGCGCACCGUGGGCACCAUGGUCCGCCUGCUGGCCUCGGAGGUCCAGCAGCUACUCCAUAACAAGUUUGUGGUCGUCCUUGGGGACUCUGUGCAUAGGGCGGUGUACAAGGACCUGGUGCUCCUCCUGCAGAAGGAUUGCCUGCUCACGCACAAGCAGCUCAGAACCAAGGGGGAGCUGAGCUUUGAAAAGGACCAGCUGAUGAAGGGAGGCGAGCUGGAUACCCUACACAACCGCACCGACUACCGCGAGGUGCGCGAGUUCUGCUCCGACCACCAUCUGGUGCGCUUCUACUUUCUCACCCGGGUCUACUCUGAGUACAUGGAGAGCGUCCUAGAGGAGCUGCAGUCCGGCAGGCACGCCCCAGACGUCAUCAUUAUGAACUCUUGCCUCUGGGAUGUCUCCAGGUAUGGGCAGAAUUUCUUAAGUAGCUACAGACAGAACCUGAAGGACGUGUUUGGGCGCAUGGACCAGGUGCUGCCCAAGUCGUGCCUGCUAGUGUGGAACACUGCCAUGCCUUUGGGCGAUAAGAUCAAGGCGGCCUUCCUCCCGCAAAAGUGUAAGGGCCAGGGCCAGGGCCAGGGCCAGGGCCAGGGCCAGUACCGGAUCUCGGUGGCCACCCUGAAAAGGCGAGUGAACCAAGCCAACUUGUACAGCCAUGCGGAAGCCACGAAACGCUGUUUCGACGUGCUAGACUUAAAUUUCCACUUCCGUCAGUGCAGGAAGCACCUGCAGGGAGACGGCGUGCACUGGAACGAGCACGCACACCGCAGACUCUCCUACCUGCUGCUGGCCCACAUGGCCGAUGCCUGGGGAGUGGAGCUGCCCCAGCGAGACCCAUGGGAACCUGAUCUUGUGCAGUGGGAAAGUUCAGGCCAGGUAGAGGAAAGGCAGCCCCAGGGCAACAGAGGUCCUCAGGCCUUUGCCAUGUCUCCACCCGGGUUUUUCCCCAGACCACCACCACCACCCCUACUCCCACCCCCUGGCUUCUCCGCAAGACCCCCACCCCUACUAGGGUGCCCCAUACCCCCACCUCAGGCGAUGCCCCCGGUACCGCCCUAUCCACAAGAUAGCUAUUUUUCGGCAGACCCCGUUUUCCAGUCAGAUGAGUUCUAUAUGCACUCAGAAGGCCCCUCACCCACCCACACAGGAUAUGCCUUCGAGGGCAACUUUAGCUUUUAUCCUCAGCCACCUGUGCCCAAUUUCCACCCACCCUGUUACCAGCGCCAGGCCCCUGUGGUACACAGGGGCUACCCAAGGCAUCAUGCUCGUGGCCCCUAUAUGCCCUGGAGAGGGAGGCCCAGGAGAGCCCAAAGACAAGCCCCAGCCUGCCAAGAGUCAAGGCCCCAGUAGUCUGACCAAGCCCUUAACCUCUGGAUGGGGCCAUGAGACGUCUGACUUUCCCUUCAGUUGCCACAGUCUACACACACUGACCUUGCAAACUUAAGCCCAGCUAGCCCUGUUUUGGACUUCUCUCUGUUCACUGACAUUAGAAACAGAGGCAGGGAAGAGCAGCCUGGCCCACUCGCUGCUGCCGCCUGAGGCCGUCUCUUACCCUUGAGUGACCAAGCAAGCAUUCUGACUACCUCCCCCUCGCUAUUAUUGCCUUUUUGUAAAAAUAAAAUUGAAAUACAGAAACCAUUCCCAAAAGUGGUUCUGCCUGUUGUGCAUAAGCACGCGAGAGAGUGUUUGUGUUUAAUGGCAGCCUCUCUCUGCAGUUAAACCAUUAGCUCUUGGACCACGGACUGCAUGGAUGUACUCAGUGAGUGGUUUUGACAGCUGCUUAGCAAAUAUUCAAAACAGUUUUAAAGUAAUUCCGAGAGGCUCGUGAAUGGAGCUGAGCCCUCAGGAAGUGGCAGGAAAAUUCCACACUUUACAGAAUUCUAUUUUCU